AUGUCCAACCAAGGGCCCCCGAAACAACCCAAUGAGGCGAAGCAAGAGGGAUUUGCGAAGUACCUCCAACGAAUGAGAACAGUGUUGAGGAAAGGCUCAUCUUCGAAGUCUGAGUCUGCAUCCACUACUCAGGAAACUAGUGGACAAGCUUCACCGACUAAGUCCGCGCCUCCGCAAACUACUGCUGCCCCUAAGACAACUACCGCUCCAGCGAAGGAUACUACCGCCAAAUCUGGUCCCGAACCGACCGUGUUCAAGCAUUGGGGCGCUAUUCAGGAAGAGAAGGCUCGUGCUCUGUUCGCCAAGUAUGGAUUGACUCUGGAACCCGGAGAAUGGAGGUCGCCUACCGACACCGAGGUUCAACGUGUGGUAAAGCCGAUUCGCAUGCGAGUUCGCCGCACCUGUCACCGCUGCCAGACUACGUUCGGAAUCGAUAAGCUUUGCACCAACUGCCAGCAUGUCCGUUGCAAGAAGUGCCCCCGCUACCCGCCGCAUAAGUCGUCGCAUGAUCAUCAAAACGAGUCUGCCCUCCAGACUAUCCUCUCGCAGAAGGGCAAGGAGCCGGCCGGUGCGCCGCGCAAGCCUAAAGAACCCCCGCUUACACUCCCAUCCCGUACCGGCGGCCAGGACGUCAUACGCAAAGAAGUCAAACAGAGAAUACGUCGCACUUGCCACCGUUGUUGUACGACAUUCGCGCCGGACGUCACGGAGUGUGAGAAUUGCCAACAUACCCGGUGCAAGAAGUGUCCUCGAGAACCGGCUAAAUUGGACAAAUAUCCUGAUGGUUAUCCUGGAGACGUGGAACCUCCGGCAGAACCCCCAGCACGGACGUGGAAGAAACCACGUCUACGGGUGCGAUACACCUGUCAUAAGUGUUCGACCAUGUACCGGUCGGGGGAUAAGACUUGCUUGAAUUGUGGUCAGGAGAAGUGCUCGGAAACCAUACGAGACCCACCCAAGAAACAGAAGCCAGAACCAGACCCGGAGGUAGUGAGACGGGUGGAAGAGCGAUUAAAGGUUACGAUCAGCGCUGGCUAG